AUAGUUUGUGGUGAACGGAUUCAACCAUAGGUUUAGCAGCCAUUUUAUUUUGAAAGGACAGUUCUACGGAUCGUGACUAUUUCCUUUUUUAACUAGAGUGAAUCGUUAGCAGUUGUGACUUAUUCAAAUAGAUACCUAUCUAUCUAUCUAUCUGCUGUUGUAAUAAUGAAUUUCAGAGUACGACCUUCAACAAAAGAAGACUGCAAAGACAUAUCGAGGAUGAUAAUGGAGCUAGCGGUGUAUGAAAAAAUGCCCGACCAGGUGGAAAUCUCUCACAAAGAACUGGAGCGUGACGGUUUCUGCCAGAAUCCCUUUUUUGAAUGUCUUGUUGCAGAAGUUCCUGAGGAGCACAAAUCUAAAGAAGGAUUUACCGUCGUGGCAUAUGCUCUGUACUUUUACACCUAUAGUACAUGGAGAGGACGAUCAGUAUAUCUGGAAGACCUGUUUGUGAUGCCCGAGUUCAGAGGAAAUGGCAUUGGCAAAGGUUUAUUGUGCAAAGUUGCUGAGGUGGGGAGAAAGAAGGAGUGUGUGCGGCUGCAGCUGUCGGUGCUCGACUGGAACAAGCCAUCAAGAGACUUCUACGCUGCCAAAGGAGCUCAGGAUCUGACAGUCAGUGAAGGCUGGCACUUCAUUCGCUUUGAUGGACAGAACCUGGACAAUUUAGCUAAUGAAGCUCCUAAAGAUUAAACGUAUGAAAACAGCUGUAAACUGUCCUCUGCUGUAAUAUUUUUUAUCUAUGAAUAAAUUAAGAUAUACCACCUUUAA